AUGGCGGACAAGCCCAAACCGGUGGAUGCUAUGCCGCAGCUCCACAAGGACAUACAGACCCUCGCCGGAAAAGCGCGCCUGACCGAGGCCGUUGCCGACAUCGACGACCUCAUACAGAAGCUCACAGAGGCCAGACAAAGUGUUGCCGGGGCCAAGGAUCCUCACACAGCAACUCUUGCCCUCACCAAGUUGCAAAACCCGGUCAAGGAGGUCUUUGACCGUAUCAAUGUCGAUCUGCGGAACGUGUCAAAGGUCCAGAGGGACCUCGGGAAAGCACUUGACAAGGCGCUCCCCGUCACAAAUAUUCCCACCGACCACGAUGCCAUGGAUGACCAAGCCACCCUGAUAAACCGUGCCAUCGCAAUGCAUCUCCUGCGCGAGGGCCAGUUCUCCGUGGCCAGCACAUUCAUUGCCGAGUCGCGGAACGCUUCAGCACACCAGCGGUUGCGUGCCCGAGAUGGAGACCAAGGUGCUGAGGGCCGUGAUGACAGCAGUCAAGAGACCGAUAUGACGAUAGACUCGGAGGUGGACACCAGGCAGGCCGAUGAGCUCGCCAUGUCGCUGCAGUCCCAAGAGCUCCAGGCCAAGUUCGAGAACAUGUACCACAUACUUCAGGCGCUACGGCGGCAAGACCUGGGUCCUGCGAUCGACUGGUCUCGCUCCCAUUCGACCGAGCUCGAGUCGCGCGGCUCCAACCUGGAAUUUGAGCUUUGCAAGCUGCAAUAUGUUCAUCUGUUUGUGACGGCCGGGCCCGGUGCCGCGUACGAGUACGGCCGCCUCAACAUGUCUCGCUUCCACGACCGACACCUGGUCGAGAUCCAGCGCCUGGCUGGCGCUCUCGUCUAUGCCCCGAACCUGCCCGACUCCCCCUAUGCCUCACUCUUUGACUCGCCCACCGCCUUCCUUGACGCCGCCAACUCCUUCACCCGCGAGUUCUGCUCCCUGCUCGGCCUAUCGGCCGAGUCGCCUCUGUAUCUCGCCGCCACUGCCGGCGCUAUCGCCCUCCCGCGGCUGGUCAAGUACAUGAACGCCACCAAGGCUCACGGCGCAGAGUGGACCACUGCCCACGAGCUCGCAUUCGAGACGCCUCUUCCGCACUCGUUCAUGUACCACUCGGUCUUUGUCUGCCCCGUCUCCAAGGAGCAGACGACGACGAGCAACCCGCCCAUGAUCCUGCCCUGUGGUCACGUGCUCGCCAGGGACAGUCUGAAGAACCUGAUCAAGAACGGUCAACGCUUCAAGUGCCCGUAUUGCCCGGCAGAGGGAAAUAUUAAAGACGCUCGGCCUGUCAUCUUGUAG